UUCGACUCAAUUCACUCUUCAGAAAAUCUGUCACUACCGAGGAAGCCAAAGUCACCUGAAAUUUAAAGUAUUAUAACUAAAUUAAUAUUAAUUACUGUUAUCAUCAUAAUGGAGCAGGGUGGCAGAGAAGACCAGACCACCACCUUCAACAAAUAUGCCUUUGCUUGUGCUAUAGUUGCUUCAAUGGUUUCCAUCAUCUCUGGUUACGAUACUGGUGUGAUGAGUGGAGCAAUAAUAUUCAUCAAGGACGAUAUUGGAAUCAGCGAUACCCAGCAAGAGGUUCUUGCAGGAAUCUUGAACCUAUGCGCGUUGGUAGGAUCAUUAGCUGCAGGAAGAACCUCUGAUUACAUCGGUCGUCGAUACACAAUUUUGUUAGCCUCCGUUCUGUUCAUGCUGGGUGCAAUUCUGAUGGGAUACGGCCCCAACUAUGCAAUAUUAAUGGUUGGAAGGUGCGUUGGAGGUGUGGGUGUGGGUUUUGCUCUUAUGAUAGCACCGGUUUACUCGGCAGAGAUUUCCUCUGCAUCAUCCAGGGGUUUUCUAACGUCUUUGCCGGAGCUUUGUAUCGGCAUUGGCAUCUUACUUGGCUACGUAUCGAACUUCUUCUUGGGAAAAUUGACCUUGAAGCUUGGAUGGAGGUUGAUGCUUGGUGUUGCUGCGCUUCCUUCACUUGCUUUGGCUUUGGUUAUUAUGGCAAUGCCAGAAUCGCCAAGGUGGUUAGUGAUGCAGGGUCGUUUGGAAGGUGCGAGGAAGGUGCUGUUGAAAGUUUCAAACAGCACAAAAGAGGCCGAACUUCGUUUGAGCGAAAUAAAAGUGGCUGUAGGGUUUGAUGAGACGUGUGGCAAGGUCCCUGAGAAGUCACAGGGUGAAGGGGUUUGGAAAGAGUUGCUUGUGAGGCCCACACCGGAAGUUCGAUGGAUGGUGAUUGCAGCAGUAGGGAUUCAUUUUUUCGAGCAUGCAACUGGCAUUGAAGCUGUGAUGUUGUAUAGUCCCAGAAUCUUCAAGAAAGCUGGUGUGAGAAGUAAGGAUAAGCUGUUGCUUGCGACUGUUGGAAUUGGUCUGACUAAGAUAAUUUUCUUGUUGAUGGCUUUGUUUUUGCUUGACAAAGUUGGUAGAAGGCGCCUCUUGCAAAUAAGCACUGGGGGGAUGAUUUGUGGGCUCACACUUUUGGGUUUUAGUUUGACCAUGGUUGAUCAAUCCAGUGAAAAGGUAUUGUGGGCUUUGAGUCUUAGCAUUGUGGCCACAUAUGCUUAUGUUGCUUUCUUUAACAUUGGGCUUGGGCCUGUGACUUGGGUGUACAGCACGGAGAUAUUCCCUUUGAAGUUGAGGGCGCAAGGGGCUAGUAUAGGAGUUGCAGUGAAUAGAACCAUGAAUGCUGUGGUUUCCAUGAGCUUUAUUUCAAUCUCCAAAGCAUUCACCAUUGGUGGCAGCUUCUUCAUGUUUGCUGGUGUAUCUGUACUCGCUUGGUUGUUCUUUUACUUUUUUCUUCCUGAAACCAAAGGCGUUCCUUUGGAAGACAUGCAAUUGGUUUUUAGCAAAAAAUCCUGCGCUAAAAACCUAGUUACAAAAACUUAAUAAGAUUAAUGAGACUUUUUAUUGUUUUGCAUUAG